GCGGCCGCCAUGUACUGGGCGUUCGGCGACGGACUCCUCGACCAUUCAAACGCCUUCUCCCUCCUCCCAAAGACGAGAUGGCGCGACAUGGCGGUGGUGUUGAUGCUGAUCCACCAGUUCAUCACCUUCGGCUUCGCCUGCACCCCGCUCUACUUUGUUUGGGAGAAGGUCGUCGGGAUGCACGACACCAAAAGCAUUGCCCUGCGAGCCCUCGCCCGCCUUCCCGUCGUCGUCCCCAUCUGGUUCCUUGCCAUCAUCUUCCCUUUCUUCGGCCCCAUCAACUCUGCGGUUGGCGCGCUUCUUGUCAGCUUCACCGUCUACGUCAUCCCCUGCCUCGCCCACAUGAUCACCUACCGCAGCGCCUCUGCACGCAAGAACGCAGCAGAUAAGCCACCAUUCUUCCUGCCCAGUUGGACCGGGAUGUAUGUCGUGAACCUCUUCAUUGUGGUUUGGGUUCUUGUGGUCGGGUUUGGCUUUGGCGGCUGGGCCAGCAUCACCAAUUUCAUCAAGCAGAUAGACACCUUCGGACUCUUCGCCAAAUGCUACCAGUGUGCCAAGCCUACGGUCUCUGCCCCGCCACCUCGCCACCAUUGAAUCCCCAUCUCACCUUCUUAAGCAGACCGCUGUGCUUUACAGGAUGCGUGCUUUUAGUUAGACUUUACUCUAAUGGGUGCUCAUGUAUGA